AUGGCACCCCAUAAUGUUCUUGAGAUUGUGCCCCUUCUUGUGUCAAAGGAAGAGUACGUUCCUUUGGCUUCGUCUGAAACCUCUUAAAAAUUACUUUUGUAUGCACUUUAGAGAUUUGCACCUCCAAUGGUGAACUGCGAUGUUGGGAAGAGAAUGAACAAUCAUAAGAGGAGAAGAAGAAAUGUCGCCUAAGAAAAGAAAAAUUAGCAUAGAAAAAUAUCUUUAAUGUGACAGCAUUGACGGACCCUGAAAAUAUUGUUCAUUUCCAGUUGGCCAUUUUGGAUUUUGAACCGAGCUGAGAUUGGAACCGUUGCAUAGGAGUUUUUCUUCUCUCCGGACUAUUGUUUAUCUUCUUUCCAAUGCCACCUAUUAUUAUUUCAAUCGAUUUAAAUUAUACUUGAUCUUUAGAAUUUAAACCAAGCUUGAACCAGAAGGACUUGCCAAGUAUCCAUCCGCCCAAUAAGGUUUCCGGCUAAUGUUGACGUGCUCCUAUGAAAAUUGAGGAAACGGACGAAUAUACAGUUUUUUAAAACCUUCAUACGUGUAUUAUACCUUGGUCACAUGCACCGUGGGCCCAGAUGACGUACAAUAUAAAGUCUUAUCAAACAACGGCUCAUAAUAUGUAUGCUUCCGUAACAAGUCCACGCUCGCCCAUACUGGAUCAUUGGCUGCUCUUCAUUCUACACACAUAAAACACAACCCAAAAAAAGAAAAAACACCAGCGCAGGUUAGCUAUCAUGCGCCCCUGAUUGUCCAAGCCAAGGGCCUCCUCUUCUCUUCUGUUACCCUCUAACCACAUAAUAUCAUCACCAUUUGUUCCUCUCUCUAGAGAACUCUCGUAUGCUCUCUCUGAGAAAAAAAUUCGAUCAACGACUAAAAAAGUAAACCCUAAAAAAGCAAUGAAGCAGAGUUCAUCUGAGGCAGUUUCAUCAUCAUCAUCACCAACAACAUCAACGUCAUCUUUACCCGACCAAUCACAGACCACCACCUCAUCGGAGAAGCCCCAAUCAUUUUCACCAGCAACCGGAGGAUUGGAGGACUUAUCGGCGGGACCAAGAGAUGGAAGCGGUGGGGCGCAAGAAACCGUGACCGUCGAUCGGCGUGGAGAAUACUCUGCUGUGUGCAGAUGGACGGUCCACAAUUUCCCUCGAAUCAGAGCUAGGGCACUGUGGAGCAAGUACUUCGAGGUAGGAGGUUAUGAUUGUCGCUUAUUAGUUUAUCCUAAAGGAGACUCACAAGCUUUGCCUGGCUACAUCUCCAUAUACCUCCAAAUCAUGGACCCGCGUGGCACUUCUUCUUCCAAAUGGGACUGCUUCGCCAGUUACCGCUUAGCGAUAGUCAACCUAUCUGAUGAUUCUAAAACUAUUCAUCGUGAUUCGUGGCAUAGAUUCUCCAGCAAAAAGAAAUCGCAUGGUUGGUGUGACUUUACCCCUUCCUCUACUGUUUUUGAUCCGAAAUUAGGCUACUUAUUUAAUAAUGAUUCUGUUUUAAUCACUGCCGAUAUUUUGAUUUUAAAUGAAUCUGUUAGUUUCACCCGUGAUAAUAAUGAGUUACAAUCACCUUCUAUGAUGUCGUCCUCGGUAGUUGGGGGCCCAGUAUCUGAUGUAUUGAGUGGGAAAUUCACCUGGAAAGUGCAUAAUUUUAGUUUAUUCAAGGAAAUGAUAAAGACACAGAAGAUAAUGAGUCCAGUUUUCCCAGCUGGGGAGUGUAAUUUGAGGAUUAGUGUGUAUCAAAGCUCAGUGAAUGGGCAGGAAUAUCUGUCAAUGUGUUUGGAGAGUAAGGAUAUGGAGAAGACGGUGGUGUUGGAUAGGAGUUGUUGGUGUUUGUUUAGAAUGUCUGUAUUGAAUCAAAAGCCCGGGUCCAAUCACAUGCAUAGAGACUCGUAUGGGAGGUUUGCUGCAGAUAAUAAGAGUGGGGACAAUACAAGUUUGGGAUGGAAUGAUUAUAUGAAGAUGGCAGAUUUUUUUGGGCCUGAAUCAGGGUUUUUGGUGGAUGAUACUGCAGUGUUUAGUACAUCUUUCCAUGUGAUCAAGGAGUUGAGUAGUUUAUCAAAGAAUGGGGCGUUGGUCGGAUGGAGGAGUGGGAGUGGGGCAAGGAAGUCAGAUGGGCAUAUGGGGAAGUUUACUUGGAGGAUUGAGAAUUUCACGAGGUUGAAGGAUAUUUUGAAGAAGAGGAAGAUUACAGGGCUCUGCAUUAAGAGCCGGAGGUUUCAGAUUGGGAACCGGGAUUGUCGUCUUAUUGUUUAUCCCAGAGGGCAGUCUCAGCCACCAUGCCACCUUUCAGUGUUUCUUGAAGUUAUGGAUUCCCGAAAUACUUCAAGUGAUUGGAGCUGUUUUGUGAGUCAUCGGUUGUCAGUUGUGAACCAAAGAAUGGAGGAGAAAUCAGUCACAAAGGAGUCUCAGAAUCGCUAUUCCAAAGCUGCAAAGGAUUGGGGUUGGCGUGAGUUUGUAACACUUACCAGUCUCUUUGAUCAAGAUUCUGGUUUUCUUGUCCAAGACACUGUUGUAUUCUCAGCAGAGGUUCUCAUUUUGAAGGAGACAUCAAUAAUGCAGGAUUUUACUUAUCAGGGUUCUGAUUCUACAAAUGCUUGUGCCCAAACUGACAAGGUUGGGAGAAGAAGUUCAUUUACUUGGAAGGUGGAAAACUUCUUAUCCUUCAAGGAAAUAAUGGAAACCCGAAAAAUCUUUAGCAAAUUCUUUCAAGCUGGUGGAUGUGAGCUUCGAAUUGGUGUGUAUGAGUCAUUUGACACAAUUUGUAUAUAUUUAGAGAGUGAUCAGUCUGUUGGUAACGAUCCGGAUAAAAACUUUUGGGUCAGAUACAGAAUGGCUGUGGUGAAUCAAAAGAACCCAGCCAAGACUGUUUGGAAGGAGUCUUCUAUAUGUACAAAGACAUGGAAUAAUUCAGUUUUGCAAUUCAUGAAGGUGUCUGAUAUGUUGGAAGCAGAUGCAGGCUUUCUGAUGCGUGACACUGUUGUUUUUGUUUGUGAAAUAUUAGAUUGCUGCCCUUGGUUUGAGUUUUCAGAUCUAGAGGUUUUCGCAUCUGAGGAUGAUCAGGAUGCUUUGACUACUGAUCCUGACGAACUCAUUGAUUCCGAGGACAGUGAAGGAAUUAGUGGAGAUGAAGAAGAUAUUGUUAGAAAUCUUCUUUCACGAGCUGGGUUUCACCUCACAUAUGGAGAUAAUUCUUCACAGCCACAGGUUACACUAAGAGAAAAGCUUCUGAUGGAUGCUGGUGCAAUUGCUGGUUUUUUGACUGGCCUUCGUGUUUAUCUUGAUGACCCAGCUAAAGCAAAACGCUUGCUUCUACCAACCAAGCUCUCUGGUAGUGAUGACGGAAAGAAGGUUACAAAAACUGAAGAAUCUUCCCCCAGUGUGAUGAAUUUGUUAAUGGGAGUUAAAGUCUUGCAGCAAGCUAUCAUUGAUCUACUUUUGGAUAUCAUGGUGGAAUGUUGCCAACCUUCAGAUGGAAUUUCUCAUGAUGAUUCUUCUGAUGCAAAUUCAAAACUUUCCCUUGAUGGCAGUGGGGGUGCCAGGCCAUUGGAAUCUGAUUGGGAGAAUGGAGUGACAGGAUCUGCUCAAAUUCCUGUAUAUGAGAGAUUGGAUUCUGGUGUGGAUGAUAGUAGUGGUACCUUUGCUGUGCAAAGCUCUGACGUGAAUGGGACUGUCAAACCUGAGAAAGCACUUCCUGGACAGCCUACUUCACCUCCAGAAACAUCUGCUGGGGAAAGUGCUUCUCUUCGCACUAAGACCAAGUGGCCAGAGCAAUCGGAGGAGCUCUUAGGAUUGAUAGUAAAUUCUCUAAGGGCCUUAGAUGGAGCUGUUCCUCAGGGCUGUCCUGAGCCAAGACGACAUCCACAGUCAGCACAGAAGAUCUCUCUUGUAUUGGAUAAAGCUCCUAAGCAUCUUCAGCCAGACCUAGUUGCUUUGGUACCAAAAUUGGUAGAGCAUUCAGAGCACCCACUGGCUGCAUGUGCACUUCUUGAACGACUUCGAAAGCCAGAUGCUGAGCCUGUGUUAUGGAUACCUGUUUUCAGUGCCCUGAGUCAACUGGAUUGUGGCAGUGAAGUGUGGGAGCAUAUUUUAUUGCAGUCUUUUGAGCUUUUGACAGAUUCAAAUGAUGAACCACUAGCAGCUGCCUUAGAUUUUAUAUUUAAGGCUGCAUCCCAGUGCCAACAUCUUCCUGAAGCUGUUAGAUCAGUUCGUGUUAGGCUUAAAAAUUUGGGUUCAGAUGUGUCUCUUUGUGUCCUUGAUUUUUUAAGUAAAACUGUAAAUAGUUGGGCAGAUGUUGCAGAGACAAUACUUAGAGAUAUUGAUUGCGAUGAUGAUUUUGGUGACAAUUGCUCAACAAUGUCUUGUGGGCUCUUUUUGUUUGGAGAGAAUGGGCCUACUUCCGAAAAGUGGCAUUUGGUGGAUGAACAGGCCUUCCGUGCUACUUGUCAUUUUUCUGAUAUUUACAUAUUGAUUGAGAUGUUAUCCAUACCUUGUCUCGCUGUUGAAGCUGCUCAAACCUUCGAGAGAGCUGUAGCUAAAGGAACCAUUGUGGCUCAAGCUGUAGCCAUGGUCUUGGAAAGACGCCUUGCUCAAAGACUGAAUCUUAAUGCCAGAUUUGUUGCUGAAAAUCUUCAUCAUGCAGAUGUUGUUGCAGAGGGAGAGGCCAAUGAACAGCUAAGAGUCCAACAUGAUGACUUUAAUUGUGUUCUUGGUCUUGCUGAGACGUUGGCCCUUUCUGGAGACCUUCAUGUGAAGGGGUUUGUGAAAAUUCUGUACACAAUAUUGUUAAAAUGGUAUCCUGAUGAGUCCUACCGUGGCAAGAUGCUGAAGAGACUGGUUAAACGUGCCACCAGCACUACUGACAGUAGCCGUGAAGUAGAUCUGGAUUUAGAAAUUUUGGUUAUUCUCGUCUGUGAGGAGCAAGAAAUUGUUAGACCUGUUCUGAGCAUGAUGAGGGAGGUUGCUGAACUAGCAAUUGUUGAUCGGGCAGCUCUUUGGCACCAGUUAUGCACUAGUGAAGAUGAAAUUAUUCGUAUACGUGAAGAGAGGAAGGCUGAAAUGGCAAAUAUAGUUAGAGAAAAAGCUAUUAUCUCACAGAAGUUGAAUGAAUCUGAGGCCACAAAUAAUCGUCUCAAGUCUGAAAUAAGGGCUGAGAUGGAUCGUUUUGCUCAUGAGAAGAAAGAGCUUUCUGAACAAAUCCAAGAAGUUGAAAGUCAGCUUGAAUGGAUUCGUUCUGAGCGCGAUGAUGAAAUUGCUAAGCUUAGUGCUGAGAAAAAAGUUCUUCAGGAUCGUCUUCAUGAUGCAGAGAAUCAACUCUCCCAAUUGAAAUCCCGGAAACGUGAUGAAUUGAAGAGAGUAAUGAAGGAGAAAAAUGCUCUUGCUGAAAGAUUGAAGGGCGCUGAAGCUGCAAGAAAAAGAUUUGAUGAUGAAUUGAAACGAUACGCCACGGAGAAUGUGACGCGGGAAGAAAUCUGUCAGUCUCUUCAGAAUGAAGUUCGACGGUUGACCCAAACAGUUGGGCAAACUGAAGAAGAAAAAAGGGAGAAGGAAGAGCAGGUUGCUAGAUGUGAAGCAUAUAUUGAUGGCAUGGAAUCAAAACUGCAGACAUGCCAGCAAUAUAUUCAAAACCUUGAGGCUCAACUUCAAGAAGAAAUGUCACGACAUGCCCCGCUAUAUGGUGCCGGUUUAGAAGCUCUAUCAAUGAAAGAGUUGGAGACGCUAGCACGUAUUCACGAGGAAGGGCUUAGGCAAAUCCAUGCUCUCCAACAAUGUAAAGGUAGUCCAGCUGGUAGUCCUCUUGUGAGUCCUCACGCGCUUCCACAUAAUCAUGGACUAUAUCCAACUGCACCAUCGCCAAUGGCUGUUGGAUUGCCUCCAUCACUGAUGCCAAACGGUGUAGGGAUCCACAGCAAUGGACACAUGAACGGUGCAGUUGGACCCUGGUUCAACCAUACUUAACAAAAUUAGGUAUUUACUAUAAGAUGAGGCAUUUGUUGGCCCUAACAGAGAGCUGGUGGGCGACAUCUCAAUAUGAAGAAGAGAGAUGUUAUUUCUGAAUCAAUUACUUGGCAAUUUUCACUGGUAGGACUAUUGGAGCGUAAUGGUGGGAAAGGAAUAAUAGUAGCAAAUUGAUUGAUCUCAAUUGGAUGUCUGGUAAUUCAUCUACGGGAGUGUAAUAUCCAAUAGAACUGACAGUUGCAAAAUGCCAUGCUCCAUUAGUCUUUCUUUUUUCAAAUUUCCUUUCAUAAAGUUAGUUAUAGGCCUUUUGAAAAAGUUGUGCUAUUUCUAUUUCUUCCCUUGUUUCUUCCUUAAUUGUGCUAUGUUUAGUGGAUGCACGGUAGCAUAUAGUUAGGACUCGAACUGAGCAAGUUCGAUUCGAAUUAGCAUAUGUCUUGAUUCAAGUUAAAUUUGAGUUGGAAUUUUAGUAAGAUAAUUUCGUUAGGAUUACCUUCCCACAAAUUAUUUAAUUUGUUGACAAGAAUACUAUUCAUCUGGUGGAUAAUACUAUUUAUUUCCUUGGCGA